ACGAUGGGUGGAUACGUAGUUGUGUUGUUGACCGUUGUAGUUUGUUUAGCCCCGACUUCAACCUGUCAAAACGAAAGCAAGCUGCCGUGUCGGCUGAAUGCUAAGGGAUCAAGCAAUUUGAGUAAUGAAGAAAAAAAGGAAGCAGCUGUUCUCCAGCGGAAAUACGUAGAAUGUAUGCUGAUCAGCCAAGAGUCUGGGGUGAAGUUUACGUUUGACAUCAACUUGGCUCUAGAUGCGGCUGAAGUUGAUAACAAUACUUUAGUUGGUGUGAGUGUCACAUUUUCGUGCCCAUCAUCAAUUGAACUCGAUUUCAUCAACCCGCAAAACACUUCCAACAAAAAUAUUUUGCUAGUUCUGUUUUUCCGGGGCGCCUGCAAAGUUUGGACGCGAAACCUUGUCGCCUUUGCCAAGGCAACUGAUUUCCGAACGAUACGUUUGAAAGGAAAGAAUACGAAAUGGUCGAGUGUAUCCACCUUGACAAAUUUAACUCAUGGAAGUGAGAGUCUUUUGAGAGACUUCAGAGAAAUUACGUUUAUCACAGCUCUCAACAGUCUGCCUGAAAACAUCCCUCGUAUGCUCACUGAUACCAAGAACGUCUGGCCAAACAUGGCUGAAAUCUACUUUGAGGAUACGCCGAUUAAAGAGAUUCCAGAACAAUGGAAGAUUACAAUGCCUCUCUUGCAAGGGCUUUACUUGGUAAAGUGCAAUUUGACAAAACCUCCAGAAUUUCCUUGGAAUAACUCCACCCUAGAACUCUACCGUGAAUUGGGAAGAACAGACGAUUCCGAGCAAUAUUUCCCAGUUGAACUGCAAAGCAACCUUUAUGUCCGCGGACUGUAUCUAGGCUAUAACAACAUUGAGGACUUAACUUCUCAUGAGUUUCGCGGAUUCUUGCAUGUCCUAAGCCUUCGAGAAAACGGUUUAAAGGCAAUUGGAUCGUCAUGUUUUCGCAACUUAAAAGGAAUUCAAACGAUUGACCUCUUAAAAAAUAACUUGGCUUCGCUACCUCAAAAUCUGUUUCAAGGUUUACCUUCCUUGCUAAACAUUAUUCUUGGAUUCAACAACUUGACGGUCAUUCACCAAAAUAUAUUUAAAGGGCUGAGAAAGAUCAAGAGGAUUGCUCUAGACCGUAACAACCUACAUUCUAUUCCAACGGGUUGUUUAGUUCAUUAAGCACCCUGGAAGUGUUGCAUUUAUUUGGCAACAACAUUGCAAAAAUUGAGGACAACCCUUUCCCAAAAGAUUCUGCUUUGCAAGAGCUUUACUUCGGCAAGAACAGCCUGUCUUCCUUUCCUCCAUGGAUAUUUUUAUUGACAAAAAUUAAAUUAAUCGAUUUAUCGUUUAAUCAGUUAACGUUUGAAAAUCUUGACAAGGCGUUAGAUGAAUAUCCCAUACCGCUGAAUGACCCGAUUAAAAGCGGGAAACAGCUGAUAGUUCUCGAUUUGUCCAACAACAACAUCACCAAAUUAGUAGAUUACGAUGGACUGAACAGGAUAAAACAGGACGAGGAAAUCUCUCCUGUGCAGCCACCUCAAGCCAAAUAUACUUAUCUCUGGAAAGCAUACCUAAUCAAUUUGAGUGGAAAUCCGUUAGCUUGUGACUGCAUCAUGUCUGCUGUGGCACAAGAAAUUGAAAAAAUAUCGCAAAAAUAUCCUUUGAUAGAACCAUGGUUUAAAACCUGGCGAUGUCAUUGGCCACUCGAGCUAAAGGACAAAUCGAUUAAUAAGAGAAGAUCAAUGGGUGCGGAGAGAGACUGAGCUUGAAGAUCGCAAUUGCCCCACAGAAUGCACCUGCCGGAAACGCUGCUCCAAUGGAAUAAUAGUCGUUAAUUGCGCGGGAAAAAAUCUUGCAGAAGUACCAAACUUAAUGCCACGAGGUCUUAUUGAAUUGAACUUGAUGAGCAAUGACAUCCGGGAUAUUCCAGCAUUUCCUUAUUUGGAAAACGUGACUGUUCUGAAAAUGACAAACAACAAAGUUGAGCGGCUGAAGGCCUCCACUGUGGAGAAAUUAAAACGUGUCGAGAUUCUGCUCAUUGAUGCUAAUAACCUGACAACUCUACCCAGGGAAAUUGAAUCUCUGAAUUUUACAACGUUGGCGUUGGAGCAAAACUUGUUUAAAUGCGACUGUACGACUAAAUGGAUGAAGCACUGGCUGGUGAAGAAUAGACGUCGAAUACGAAACAUCGAAAAGGUGUUUUGUAACUCGGAGCAUGCUCUUGGCCGAGCAAUUUACAGUUUACCGGACGACGAGUUCAUCUGUGCUACCAUUAAGGAAAAGAACACAGGAAAGACAGUACCUAUAGGAACCAUAGCUGCCUGUACCCUUGGUGGUCUGCUAGCUUUAAUACUGAUUGUUGGUAUUGUUUUGUACAAAUAUUAUAGAGAAGUCAAAGUCUUCAUGUACACCCACUUCAACUGGCACCCGUUUGAUCGCAUUGAUGACUCGGAUCCAAAUAAGAUAUACGACGCCUUUAUAUCGUUCAGCGGGAAUGACUUCGACUGGGUGAAGACCACGUUACAAGAACGACUAGAAAAUCACGACCCCCCUUAUAAACUAUGCUUUCACCACCGCGACUUUCCAGUUGGCGAGCCAAUCGUGGAAAACAUUUUCAAAAGCGUGGAUCAAAGUAAACGCAUGUUAGUGGUGCUGUCUUCCAGCUACGCAAAGAGCGAUUGGUGUUUGAUGGAGUUUCGUGAAGCUCAUCGAAAAGUGUUGGAAGAUCGCAUGAAAUACCUGAUAGUUAUUCUGUUUGAUGAUGUGGACACGACAGAGCUGGAUGAGGAAUUUAAGUUGUACCUUCGAACCAACACGUAUUUGAGCGUUAGCGACAAGGGGUUCUGGCAAAAGCUGUAUUACGCGAUGCCUCCUCCUUCGUCGACGGAAUCAGUUGAGGAGAGAAGUUUCGAAAACGUUGCUUUAAGCGGGAACAUUGAUAGCUCUGCAGAAAUAUUACAACAAGAGGCGCUGGAGAUGGCCCAUAACACAGCGGACACCAUAGUACUUGUUGAACAGUAGAGCCGUCGCAUAUGCGUAAUGGCGGUGGACAAACCGAAAAGCCAAAUUAAAGAGAAAAUAGCGGCACUGAAAUUAGGCAUUCGAAGAACAAUAGAAAAGAGUAACUGCUUGUGUGAUUCAUAUUUCUUGAGGCGUAAGUGACUUUGAUUCAAAGGCCCUAUGGGCUGCCUCGUGUUACUUGUUGUAGAGUUUCGCCGGACAUGUGGCCGCAUUUGCCUUUCAAGAAUUGGACUAGUUUGCAAGAACCUUUUUCUGUAAUACAAGCGUACCCUAGAUAAAGUAAACGGAGAGCGCAUUUUCACUUUCGGUAUUUUUACAAAUAUUUAACCAUUAUUCGCCAAAGGCGAAGUGAACAUUGGUAAAUAUUCACAGAGACGAAGUCUUGGUGAAUAUUCAGUAAAGUUCACUGAGCCUGAGGCGAAUAAUUGUUUUAGUAUGAUUAUUAGACGUGAGUAUAAAGGACUACGAAAUAACGGACUAAAAUAUAAAA